CUUGCAAUGGCUGGGCGCCUCUUACGAGCGGCUCGGCGGAUCCAAGUGCGCGCUCCGGACGAUCAGCUCGCGCAUUUCGCUAGAUGGAGCAGCAAUCCCGCCGGCGCGAGGGAGAUUUCUCUUUCCCCGGCAUGCAAUCAGAGCGUUGGCGACGAUCAGUCUCUGAGCAGGAGAAGGCUGAUUGAGCGGAUGCUUUUCGACAAGCGCCGGCGCGACGAGGAGCGCAAGCUCAGGCUCAAGCUUUCCAAGCCAGUCGCUUCCUCUGGGGUUUACAAUGCCGAGCAGCCUCCUCCCAGCGAACCUCUUGUUGGAGCUCUGGCGCCAGAUUCUCCACAAGAACACAGGCUUGUUCCUGUGUUAGCGAGGCCCGAUUUGAUGGUCACCAGGAACAUAGAGUGGGCCAACGUUGCCUUCGGUCUGGAGCAACAAAACAGAUACGUUAUCAUGGAUCCUCGCCAGCCGCAAGCAGCUGUUGGAUAUCUUCUUGAAGAGAGCAGCUUUAUCAUGCGCCAGUUACUGCGAACGAGGAGGCCUUUCAUCGCCAAUGUUCUAGAUGCCUACGGCAACCAGGUUUUCCAGGUUCGACGACCAGCCUGGUUGAUCAACAGCACAAUCUUUGUGGAAGUUGAUGGCAUUCUUGUUGGUGAGGUUCACAGGAGAUGGCAUGUCUGGAGACGAAUCUAUGAUCUCUAUCUCGGGAAGACGCAGUUUGGACGUGUUGAGAAUCCGGGCUUUUGGAACUGGACUUUCACUGUGUGUGACGAGAAUGGCGACACUCUGGCCGUCGUGGACCGCAACUGGAGAGGAUUUGGCUACGAGUUCUUCACAGAUGCUGGGCAAUAUGUCGUGAGAUUUGGCGAAGUCCUCGCUGAUGGUACAAACAGAGCUGGAGUUGCUGGCCAGUACGUUUUGCAGGGCGGCGAGCAAGCUCAAAACGUUGAUCCACAGGUGGAGCCUCUUUCGGUUUCUCGCUCUUUGACACUGACCGAGAGAGCGAUUGUUCUAGCUCUUGCCGUCUCUCUCGACAACGAUUACUUCUCGAGACACAGCGGGAUGGGAAUGCCAAUUCCCAUUAUCGGAGGAAGCCCAGAACCUUGAGCUCUAUUCUUCUGUCGGUGUAAAGGAACAAUCGCAAGCUUUUGCUCUAAACUCAAACGAGAAGUUUUGUUGAUUC